GCCGCUUGGUCCUGGUGGCUGGCAAUCUAUGGGGCGGUGGGCUUCUCCCGACUCCUCUGGGGGAUCCUGGCAGAAGGGCAAAGCACCAAGGAGUCCCGGAAAAAAGAAGACAAGGCCACCCUUUGGAAGAUGCUCCAACUUUUCGGUCCAGACAAGCUGUACCUCUCUGGCGCUUUCUUGUUCCUCAUCCUGGCGGUGAUUGGUGAAAUGUUCCUGCCCCAUUACACUGGGCUUUUGAUCGACAUCCUGGGCACUAAAUAUGACGCAGAAGCCUUUUCCACGAUCAUCUUUCUUCUCUGCCUCGUCUCAUUUGGAAGGUGAGCUUA